AUGGCGGAGCCGGGGCCGGAUUGCAGUUCUCUGCUCGACGAGGAUCUCUCUUCCUUCGUCUUCAGUUACCUCGCUGACAGCCAGUAUGAAGUGUCUGGCGAGGAGCACCUCUACUCUGACUUCCCUGAGAUCGAUCUGUCCCAGCUGGAUGCAGGUGACCUGGACUCUGCUGGCUGCUUCAGCGAGCUGCAGUGGGGUGGGGAGCACUCAGAGACCGACUCCAGCCAGUACAGCACCGACGACUCCGAGCUCUUCCAGAUAAUAGACAGCGAGAACGAAGCGCUGCUGGCAGCCCUCACGGAGACUUUGGAUGAUAUACAGGGAGAUGACAUGGGCCUGGCUGCCUUCCGAACUAUGGAAGAGGGGGACACGCUCAACCCUGCCACCACCUCACCUGCCCCCUCCCCCAAACCCACCGCCCCGGUCACGGGGGGGCCGCCCCCGGCCCCCGAGUGUGAUGAGCUGUCUCUACUGAAGAAGCUGCUCCUGUCUCCAUCACCUCCAAGCUGUGAGGUUCAGCGGGACGGGAGCGCCCGGCGCCCGGGGACCCCAAAAUCCCGUCCUGCACGGCCCUGUACAAAGGUGGAGGGUCCCCGGGACAGGAGGGCGAGCGUCCCACAGGCUCAGAGCCGCAGCUGCACGGAGCUUCACCGGCACCUCACCUCCAGCACCUCCUGCUCCCAGACCAAAGGCCCCCAGGCACCCGAGGAGUGCUCCAGCAGCGGCCACCACCCAUCCCUGGGCGACUGCGCCCACCACGAGGACGACAGUGACUCCAGCGAGGACUCGCUGAGCUCUGGUGACUCGGUGGCCGCGCUGUCCUCGGCAGAGGAUGGCCCAGGCCGCCAGUUCUCCUGCGAGGGGCAGCUGCACUCGGUGGUGGAGCUGAUCCGCUACAUGCACACCUACUGCCUGCCCCCUCGCAAGCUGCCCGCCCGCGACCCCGCCGACACCAAACCCCAGCCCUGCAGCAGCCCCUUCAAGAGAGCCAAACCAGACUGUGCCCCCGUGCCAGGCGGUGCCCAGAGCCGGCCGGGCUGCGCCUGGCAGGCACCUGGCAGCUGCAAGAAGCCCGGAGCAUCCUUCUCCAUCCUGAAGGAGCUGCUGGCACGGGACCUGCUGUGUGAUGUGAGCAAGCCAUACCGCCUGGGCAAGCCGGUGUACGCCGCCCUGGCACGGCCACCCGGCUCCUGCUCCCCCGUGCCACCCGAUGGCGAGGAUGCCAGUGGGACUUGCGCAUCCAGAGUGAAAGCAGCAGCGGCAGAGAAGGGAGAGCUCCAGCAGAGCCCCGAGGCGGAGGUGCCACGGGAGCUGGGUGGCCUUGAGGACGAUGCUGGCAAGCAGGAGGGCACCCUGGGCACAGGGAAGGCGGCCCGCAAGCAGGACAGCGCUGUUCACGCCGUGCGCCGCUCCAAGAGACUCAACCCCGAGCUCGGGCACUGGCUCUCCUUCCUUGAUGAGCCCCACACCGAGUCCUCCGUGCCCCUGGGCUGCAGGGAGGCCCAGUUUCCAGUGCUGGAGGGUUUCUCUGCUGAAGAGCCAGCUGCUGAAGUGGAAGUGGGGGGCACAGCCCCAUCAGCAGAGCCCCAACCCCUCUGCCUGGGCUCCCUGGGGGAUGGCGAGGUGGGCACUGAGAGCCGGCGCUGUGCCCUCCUGGAGCAAACAGAAACACCCAGGUGUCUCAUGCUGUCCUUGGCACAAACUGACCCAACCUUUGGGAAGAGAAACUUUGAGCCAAUGCUGACUGUGGAGCUGUGUGGGACAGCAGGUCUCACUCCACCCACCACUCCGCCCUACAAACCCGCCGAGGAGGACCUGUACAAGCCAGACAUCCCCCAGGAGCCAGGGAAGGAGGAUGGGAUGGCCCCCAGCCCCGGGGGCACCGGGGAUGUGACAGCCUCGAGGAAAGCCCCCAGGAAGCACCCGGAGAGGACGGAGCUGUUCGCCCACCUGAGCCGGGCGGGCGGGCGCCCGCUCCCCGAGCAGCAGGGCUUGCUCAAGCGACCCUUCUCCCGCUCCUUCGGGGACCACGACUACUGCCAGGUGCUGAAACCCGAGGCUGCCCUGCAGAGGAAGGUGCUCAAGUCGUGGGAGCCCCCGAGCCAGGUGGAGACGGAGCACAAGAGGAGGGUCCCGGCCGCCCACUACCAGGGACUGGAGCUGGGCAAGGACACGGGCACUGAGAUGCUGUGGAAGGAUGGCAUCAAGCAGCUGAGAGACCAGGAGAUCAGAGCCAGCUUAACAAAGCACUUUGGCUUUCUGGACAGUGCCCUCGAUGAUGAGGACAUGGUGUUCUGCAAGACCCCUGAGUACGACACCGUCUUUGAGGACAGCUGCAGUGAGAGCGGCUCCCCCGGGGAGGAGGAUGAGGAGGAAGAGGAGGAUGAAGAGGAGGAGCAUGGCAACACCAAGCUGUGCCUGAGGAGAAACCCCCUUUCCAGGACCAGUUUGCAUUACUGCUCCAGGAGCAGGUCCAGCUCGGGCUCCUCGUGCUGCCGCUCGCGGUCACCUGCCAGCAGACGCACCUUCAGGUGUGAGAACGGCGAGCAGUGUCAGGGUGGCAGCGGGCACCGGGGCCAGCUGAAGAAGAGACGGGAAAAGGCCAUCGGGGAAGGCCGGGUGGUGUACAUCAGAAACCUCUCCAGCAGCAUGAGCUCCAGCGAGCUGAAGAAACGCUUCGAGGUGUUUGGUGAAAUCGUGGAGUGUCAGGUCCUGUCCAGGACUAACAGGGGGGAGAAGUAUGGCUUCAUCACGUACCGGUACUCCGAGCACGCCGCCUUAUCGCUGAAGAACGGCCCCUCACUAAGGAAGAGGAACGAGCCCUCCUUCCAGCUCAGCUCUGGUGGCCUGGGGCGCUUCUUCUGGACCAGAUAUGCUGACCUGGAUUGCAGCACGGACGAGUCCUCCCCGGCUCCGGUGAAAAGCAAGUACGAGACCAUGGAUUUCGACAGCUUGCUGCAGGAGGCUCAGCUCAGCCUGCAUCGGUAA